GGAAUAGGAUUGAGUUGCUUCUUGGUAACUAGUUGACCAAAAAACAGUAACAGCCUGAUUAGAAAAAUAUAAAUGUCGACUAUUUCAAACAAUUAUGACUGGGAGGAAGCGUACGAGCUGAUAGAAAAGAUAGGACAAGGUUCGUUUGGAGAGGUAUACAGAGCCUUGGAAAAAGCAACAGGAAAGCCGGUAGCUAUUAAACUCAUUGAUUUAGAAGACGCUAAGGGUGAUAUUGAGGAAUUUCGUAGAGAAAUUAGAAUAUUGUCGCAGUUAAACAAUCCAUAUAUUGUGGAAUAUUACAACUCGUUUUUGAGUGGAAGUUUUCUGUGGAUGAUAAUGGAGUACUUGGAAGGCGGUUCUAUCAAAGAAUUGAUUGCAGUUACUGGUCCUUUGUCUGAAGAUGCUGCAGCUAUUUGUUUGAGAGAAAUAUUGCUUGCUCUUAGCUACUUCCAUAGAGAAGGAAGAUUACAUCGUGAUAUCAAAGCUGCAAAUAUUUUAUUGUCAAGUGAAGGCCAUGUCAAGCUAGCAGAUUUUGGAGUUUCCGAACAAGUCACUAAAACGAUGAGAAAACGAAAUACCUUUGUUGGGACUCCGUUUUGGAUGGCUCCCGAAGUGAUUGAAGCGAGUUAUUACGAUCAAAAAGCUGAUAUUUGGUCCUUUGGAAUAACAGCACUAGAAAUGGUAUAUGGAAGGCCUCCAUGGGCAGAUACUCAUCCAAUGAAAGCUCUUUUCUUAAUAACCAAAUCGGAUCCUCCGAGGCUUUCCGGGGAAUUUUCGGAAGAAUUUAAGGAUUUUAUUUGCCAGUGCUUACAAAAAGACCCUGAUAAACGAAAGAAUGCAGAAAUCCUUCUUAAGCAUCCAUUUAUCACGAAGAGAAGAGAUACAAGUAUUUUAAAGAGGCUGCUUGACGAAAAGAAAAAACAAAAACAGUUGAAUUCACAUAAAAUAGUUCCCAAAGCAGAUAGGAGACGAAAACUCCCAACAGUAGAUUUAGAUUUUGCGUGGGAUUUUGGAACUGUCAAGACACUAAAAAAGGAUGCCGGUGAGACCAUAUUUGUAGUUGAAGAUCACCUUGGUACUGUACAGGAGUUGAAGGUUUCCAGUGAAAAACCACAAGACAUUACAGAUAUUCCUGACCCGGAGUUGGGGACCAAGUGCCGUUUGGAGUGGAAAGGGGAUUCUGUACGAAGUGUACAACUUACUGAUGGGACAGUCUUUAGAGUAGAAACUGCUGAUUCUUUUCGUUCUGAUAGUUCACAGAUAAAUGGAACUGUCCUUGACAGACGAUAUGAUUCUAGAACGAGUGAAGAUUCUAGCAUGUAUAGAAGGCCUUCAAAAGAUUCACAAUCGGCAAAGUUACCACAUCAUGUUGCUAUGCAAUCAAAGACAGACUUAGAUUCCACCGAUACUGUAUUAUAUUCUUCCAAGAUACAGAGGAACGGAACAAGCAGAGUAAGUGGAACAGUUUCAACGGAAGAAACUGUGAGAUUUGUCGAUGCGAAACCGCAACAGAAAGUGGAUACUGUUCUGAUACCUUCGAGGAAUACUGUUGAUCAUACUGGAAAGCCUCUGAACUUAUCUGCUACUGAAAAGAUGGAAGAUGUACAUUAUCAGCAAGAGUUUAGGCGUUAUAGGCGUCAUAGUCAGGUAAUAGAAGAUGCAGAAGUCCCAUCUAUCUUUCGAGAAGUUAUUUGUCCUGUUUUCAAAUCCUUCAGUUUAGAAGCAGAAGAUGAACGCGUAUCUGUUGAAUGGAGAAACGCUCUUUCGAACCUCGAAACAGCUUUUGCUUAUGCAGAACAGUGUCGUCCAGGAUUUUCAUCGGAACUUGUUGAAAAAAUAAUUGUAACAGUUCAUGACUCAACUGUAGAACAUAUUCGCAAUGUGCUACCUGAAAGGCUUAAAGUAUCUAUCUCACCAUGUACCGUGGAUGGCAGGUACGAUAAAGUCAAACAAGACUCCCUAGAGGAGUUAAGUCAUGUAAGUAAGGAGAGUAAGGUUUAUCAUGCGAGGAGGAAGACUUUUGCGUAAAUUAUUGGAAACAAGGCACGAAGUAAACGGCAACAACUUUUC